AUGAAUCCUCGUAUCGAAAAACUUUGUUUACCACGUCAUCGACGUGAUGCUGUUUGGAAAUUUUGGCAACCAAAUGCUAAAAUGGAAAAAAUUCAUCCACCUCUAUUUUGGAAAACACUAGAUUAUAAAAAUAUUCAAUCAAAAAAGACAACUAAACUUAAAAAAUCAAAAAAUGAAUAUUCAUGUUUAAAUGCAUGUAAUUAUACAACAUUAGUUUAUAGAAAUGCAUCGAAUGAAAAAGGAUUUCAUGUAUUUGCUGACUUUGAACACGAUGGCUUACAGCAUGCUACUUGGAAACAAUCCACCGAAGAAUACUAUGUAUCUAGAGCUGAAUUAAAAAACAAAAAUGAUAAAUUAUCCAUCAUAGAAUUUCCAUGGCUAGAUUUAAAUAAUAAUAAUAAUAAACAUCAUUUUUUCAACAGUGAAUAUUUAAAACGACAAGAACUUGGUCGAUAUUUUAAAACACAUCGUGAAAAAGAUAAUUUAUUUGAAUUAGAUAAAAGUUCAUAUCCUAAUCGGCCUAUACCAAUGUCACGUCGUCCACAAGAUGCUCUUCAUAUUGAUUUUUAUCCAUCGGCACAGUUUGAAGGAUCAAAAACUGAAGCAACAUUUAAAACAUUUUAUCAUCGAAAAUAUCUAUUACCUCAACAUUUACGUGAACAUACAAUAAAGAAUCUUAUUGACAUAGGAAAAUAUAUUCAACUUGAAAUCGAUAUAAUCGGUCAUUUUGUUUUGCAUCCAAAUGAAUUAUCAAAGCAUGAAAUAAAAAUGUUUGAUUUAACAUCUGAAUUUGGUGAUCUAUAUGAAGGUCAUAUUAUUCGAAUAAACAAAGAAAAACUUGUUCUAUUGCUAGCUUCGACAUAUUAUUCUGACGUUAACCUUGCACAAUCAGAAGAUCUUGAACAGAUAAUUAAUAAUUCAAUAGCGUUUGAUACCAAAAUAAAUUCUCAAUCAACAUUAGAACAAAUUGUUGUCGAUCAUGUUCGAACGUAUUUACAAACAAACAAUAAUUAUUCUAUUUCACAAAUACGACGUAUACAAAUCGAAUUAGAACCCUUGAUGAAUCAAGAAAAACGUCAAGUUAACGUUCAUCUAAUCGCCGGUGAAGAUAUUAUUGAAACAUUAACUAUUGAGAUAACACGUGAACAAGAACCCAAACUAUUUGAUAUUCAAUAUGAAGACAGUCUUUAUUUCUUACAGAGUAUAAACGAACAGAAAAUGAUUCAUUCUGUUGAACGUAAACUUAAACAAUUAUAUGCUAAACGCUAUUCUCUUAUAAAAAAUGAAGAAAAUCAUUAUUCAUAUUUACAAUUGACAUUAGACAUGGAAUACGAUACAAUAAAUAGUAUUGAAAAAAUGUUUUAUGCUUAUGUUAAUCAUACAUUAACAAAAUAUUCACGUGAUGAAUGUAUGCGUAUAGCAAUUGAGUAUAGUUUUGAUGAUUUGUUAGACGAACUUGAUUCUAAUGAAAUACAACCGAUUAACAAUAGACAACUACAGAUGAUGACUGAUGAUGUACAAGUGCGAUUGCGAUUACAAAUAGAGAGACGUUUAAAAGCUGAAACGACAGCUAAAAUUCUUUUGAUGGGCCCAUCGAUGAAAACUUCUUUAGAGAUUGAAGCCGUGGGAAAAGAGGUGGUCGUCUUGGAUCAUCAUCGAGAAAUCUUUAUCAGCAAAUCAAAUACUCAUAUUGAUUCAGUUAAAAUCCAAGAUAUGCAACGUAAUAAUGGUAAAAUUAUUUUUCAUGAGGAAAUUGAGGGCGGACCAACAAGUUUCGAUCGAUUACCAAUGAGCAUUGAUUCAUUAACAAUAUUAACGCGUAUUCAACAACGAAAACGUUUAGCACUCGAAGAGAAUGAUAAUAAUGUGGUUUUACUCGGAAGUGGUGUACAUCGUUUAGUUACAUGUGAAGAUCCUAAACCAAGAGUUUCAUUUUCUAUUGAUUGUGAACAGAGUAAAACGGAGAGGAAAUCAUCCCCACAUUUACAUAAAGGUGUUUCAAUUGACGAACAUGGUGAAAAUAGUAUUGAAACAUUUGAUACUGUUUCGAUUAAUACGAAAAGUUAUAAUACAUCAGCAAAUACUCGACAGCAACGCUUUUUCGAAUCAUGCCAAACGAAUGAAGAUAAUCAACAAGCGAGAAAGAAACGAAUGUCUCGAUCACCAGCUGAAUAUGGAAAACAUCGACAAAAACGAAAAAAACGUAAAGAAUAUCAAGCAACAUCGGAAACAAUUACUCAUAAUACUAGUUCAAAAGAGUCAUUUUUUAAUAAUCUACUUUUACUACAACAAAGUAAAAUAAUGAAGUCAAUAGUUUCCAUAAAAAACUGUGAUCGCAAGCAAACAUAUGCUCAGCAAUCAAAUGCUAAAACUGAAAAUAGUGAAACGGAAGGUUUUACACUGAAGAGUCGCACAAGACUUGAGAAUAAUCGUUUUAUGAAAUCAGCAGAAGAUCUAUCGCAAAUUAAGGAAGUGAUAGACGAUAAUAAAACUCGCAGGGACAACCGUAUAAAUCAAGCAACAUCACUGAAAUCAUUGCAUGAUAAUAGAGAGAGACAAGAUCCAUAUGUCAAUGAAUUCUUCGAUAUUUUGAAGAAUGAAACUCAAUAUUCAUCAAAUAUUGAUCAAAUAAAUGACGAAAGUUUUCAAGAUAACGAAGAUGAUGGCGAUGAUAGUAAAGAGAAUUAUAAUACAGAACGUUAUUUACGUUCGCUUUAUGGUUCUUUAUCUACUACUAUGAAACAAGUCGACGAAAUGUAUCAAUCAAAAUCAUCUCGACUCAGGUCAUCAUUGGAUUUAGCCAACAUUUUUAUCAACUUUCUUCAUAUACGAAAAGAUAUUGCCUAUGAAAUUGCCUCGGCAAUUAUUGAUGCUCGUCAACAUUUAAUUGAAUUUCCGCUAACAGAAAAAUCUUCCUCGAGUACCAUGUUUGAUGAUGCAUCGAUUAGUUCAAGUAUAGUCACGGCUGAAGAUAGUGAUACAGCAAUGAACGAAAGUAGUUAUACAUCAAGGAGUAUGUCUAAGGAUGCUAAAAAUCAAAAUCAUCUCAAAAAAAGAAGAUCUAAUCCAGCAAAAAACAAAAUAACUUAUUCAUCAACUUCACAACGUGUAAUGAAUCGAAUAAUUACAUAUUUAUCAGAAGUUGAUUGGAGAGUAUUUAAUUAUAUUACGAAACAUUUCUUACAAAAGAGUACUAUGAUUACUAGGCAUGCAUUAGAAUUUUCAUCGGCAUUAUUAAUAGAUCUCAUAGAGGAUAGUGUUUAUCAAAUAUAUUUUCAUUCAAAGUGGUGUUCAGAUACUCAUCUGAGUUCACGUGGUACAAUGGAAACAAAUCCAAUUGAAAGUCUACUUGUCGAAGAGUUUUUCAAGAAAUCUCUCUGCUAUCUGUUCAAUCGUCUUCAUCGGAUCGAAUCACCACUAUUGGAAUCUAUUGCUCUAAUGCAAACGUUAAAAACAUAUACGACUACAAGUCUUCUGAAAGAGUUUGCGUCUAUAGAAAGUCAUGCAGUGCCAAUAGGUCUUGAUCCUUGUAUUUGGUUUUCUACUAAUCUACUCAUAAAAACUAUUUGUUCGUUAACCGAUGAUAUUUUGAAACAAAUGAAUCGCGAAUAUUUAUCGGAUCAUACAAAAUUUGAAUAUGUGUUAAUAUCUUAUUUUCGUAAAAUUCAAAUAGUCAAUAAUCUUCAAGAUAUUAUCGAAAUCAAUAAAGAUUUGGCAAAAUCGAAAUCUUCGUCUACACUAUCUAACAACAAAUAUCUUUUACAUAUCAUUGAUUUGAAUCAAGCACCGAAAUUUUUUUCUGACCAAGCUUUUAAACGAUUUAAAUUUGGUGGACAAAGCCAAUUAAAUGACGAUAUAGAAGUACUCAAAGAUUUAGUUUUACUGGAUAUUAAAAAACAUAAUAUUAAAACAAUAAAACGAUCGUAUGUACCUCUAACUAUGAACGAUCUAGUGGUGCAUCAACAGAAUCGUGUAUUGUUUCCAUCACCUUGGCUUUUAGCUCAAUAUCAGCAACGAUUAGAAGCACAAAACAAAACAUCGAUCAAUGAAGAUCAUCUACGAGAAAACUCAUAUCGCUUUGAUGAAAUAAAUGAUUUUGCAAAAACAGACAAUCUAUCAGCAGAUGUUCGAACUCUUUUGGAUAAUAUAAUCAGGAAGUAUGCUACUGUCGAAGAGAACCUUGGAGUGUUAAGUCAUCGUGAAGGUUUAUCAGAAGAAGAUUUAACACAGUUGAUAGAAAAUGCGAUUGAAGCUGUUCAAAGAUUUGAUCGUGAAAAUAAUAUUGGUGAUCGAAAGUUACAAAAUAAAAAGACAAUCAAUAAUCGACUGAUUGAAUUUUUUAAAUAUGCUGGACGACACGGAGUGCGUUUACUCGAUGAUGUCUUAAAAUUAGCAAAACUGCGUUCGAAUGAUCCUAAAAAAUAUAUUCCUCUUGCUGUUAAUAUGUUUAAAGAGCGUCUAAAAUCAACUGGUGGGACCCGACCACGAAAACAAACUGUUCGCUUUGCAUACACACUAGAAACAUUGUUUAUGGCAACAAAUGAUGAGCCAGCAUUGAUUGCAAAAAUGUUGAGGAGAAAAAGUGACGAAAAUAAACCGUUAACUACUGAACUCGAUUCAUUACAACAGAUUAUAGAAAAAGAGGACAACAAAAAGAUUGAUACAUCAUUCAUUGAAUUGGAACCUGGUACAAACACUCCACCAUAUUCGACAGAACUAUUCACAACUGGCAAAUACCGACAAAGUUUACCAACAAUUGAUGAAACAGCUGAGUUGACUCUAUCAUCAAAUAUUACAGAAGACGUUGACAGACCAUUUUAUUCUGAAGGUGUGUUAUCGAGUACAAUCAUGUCACAGAUUGGUCUUACGGUCGCUCAGUUGAUAGUUCUCAUUACGGGACACAAUGAAAAACCACUACAACUAACCAAUACUCAAAUUGAACAAAUAUGUGCCAAACAAGAUCUUACUACAGCACCAAUCCAAAGCUAUUUACAAAAAUUACUGGAAGAAGUUCAACUAACGGAUGAAUUUAAACUCACCGAAGAACAAUUAAUUCAAAUUGCUAUCGAAGAAAAUAUCUCACUCGCCGACGUUGAGCGUGUUGGAGUAUUAGAAAUUAAUCUGAAGCUAAAUGAAAAUCAAGUUCAACGUUUGACGAAUCAAAUCGAUUUGAUAAACUCGAUCUCGUCAACUCUUGAGUUAUCGCAAGAAAAGGAACAGUCAUGGUUGGUUCUUCAUCUGGACCAAUUAAUUGAAUUGUGCCAUCAGCAAAGAAUCAAUAUAGAUAAACUGCUUGACAAUGAAAUUGAUUCACAAAACUCAUCCGUGAUUGAUGUUUCUAAAAUUAAAUUUACUAUUUCACCACUACAAAUCGUACAUUUAGUCAAUCAAUAUAAUUUCAAUAUUAGAAAACUAAUAUUCAUGGAACAAAACUUAAAGAAUCAGAGCCAACAAACUCAACGAUUUCGCUUGAAUUCGUUGCAAUUAGCUUAUCUAUUUGCUCAUCGUCGUAUUGUUAACAAUCACGAUACUGUAGGACUUACCAUCAGCCACCUAAUAGGCAUUUAUAUGUUGCUUCACAAAUCAAACGAAAAUGAUCAAUUCUCAUUGAAUUAUCAACAAAUCAAACAACUAGCUUUGAUUCAAAAUAUGUCUAUGGAACAUUUCCAUUCGUUAUCUGGUUCCAAAGAAUCGUUUCAAUUAACACACAAUCAAUUGAUUCAUAUUGCUAUCGAAAAUAAAAUACUCCUGAAAGAAAUAGUUUCCAUUCCAAAUAAUCAAAAAUCAAAAAUACUCGAUCUAAAACAACUCUGUGCGGUAAUCAGUCAACAUAGUCAAUCAAGUAUGAUGCACAAGUCUUUUGAUCGUCAUAUUCAGCAAAGUGUAUAUUUAAAUGUUGAGCAAAUAUUUUCUCUUGUAAAAUUUUCUAAUAUCGAACUCAGCCAAUUGACUACGUGUACAACAGGAUAUAUUGAUAGAACAAAAUUUCGUUUCAAACCAGAACAACUAGCGACACUAUGGGAUAUGAGCAUAUCGAUUGAUGAUUUUGAACGUCGUACAUCGUUAUCUCCAUUUAUUCUCAGUGAUGAACAGUUUAGUAGUUUACUUGGUUCAAUUACUACAUUUGAUCUUUCAAAAAAUUUCAAGUUAACAUCAGUAUCACCAUUGAUUCAAACCAAUGAAUCUAUUGAUAAUAAAGAAGUAUUAACGGAUAGAAGAAAACUGCGAAGCUCUACUCUUGCCGAUCAACUAGCUGCUAUGCAUAAACGACUUCAAUCAAGUAUAAAAGCUCAUAGUGACGUAGUUGGCACGGUAUCAAAAUCUAUAUUACAACGUCACCGUAUUGAAAAUACUCUCAAUCGUGUUCAUCAAUUGAGUGUAAAUUCUAUUGAUGAGAUAUCUACUAAAGAAAUAGAAACUAUGCCACCGUUGAUAAUCGAUCUUCUCAAAGUAGACAGUAUAUCAGAAAAUAUUUAUAAUUCAAUAAAACAAGAUGAACCUGAUAAAAGUGGUAACUUAAACAAGGUCAUCGUUGAAGGGAUUCAAACUGGUCAACUUAGUUUUUCUCAAAUUUAUAAAAUUCAAACACAAUUACUCACUCCAAAUCUCAUAGACGAAUUUAAAUCAGGCCAUCUCUCAAAACAUAUCCUCGAUGCAUAUAGUUCUCAGUCAGAAUUGCAAAUUACUCACCGAGUGCAUUCAUCGGCAGCACAAUUGAAUAGAUUAUUCUCUCAACAAUCAUCAAGCAUUUCUCAGCUAGACACUACAAUGGUACCAGUCUUGCAGCAAACAACAACACAACAUAUGCUCCCGUCUAAUAUUGUAUCCAAGGACGAUGAUUUGAAUGUGAAACAACAGAUUGCAUCUGACGAAUACGAGAAAAAAACUCAAACAAAUCAUCAAAAUCCAAUUAUUGUUUUUUCUAAAUCAACAAAUAAUCGACAGCAAAUCCUACAAGAUCUUCGUGAUUGUCUAGAUGAUCAACUAGUCGAACUUAAAAAAGAAUAUGGUAUUGAACCUGCUAAAGGUAAAACAUCCAUUCGACAUAUGACCAGUAGAUUUAGAACGAUGGCAGGCAUAGACGAGCUUGAAACAUUAAUUGAUCGACAAAUAGAUGAGGUGGACCUUUUAAAUAUUCUUAACGGUCAUACAAAUGAUUUAAUCAAUCAAGCAAACAUUGAUUCAAACGAAAAAAAUGUAUUAUUUAAUCGCAAUGCUGAACAUCGACUAAAUAGAAUCAAUGAAAGAAUUGACUUGGUUAAUAUUCUACAAAAUGAUAUUGAGAAUAGAAGAUUAAGACGUCAAUUGACUCCGGAAGAAUUGACGGCAUUUAUUUUUGAAGAUAUUCACAAAUUUGAACAGCUAACUAAGAUUCAUCUCAGAGAUGAUGAUUUACGUAUUCUAUCUAUGAAUCGAUUUUCAUCACUUGAACAAUCUAUAACUCGUCAUCUGACAGAAUCGGAAUAUCGUUAUUUACUUCAAAAUGAGUUACCAUUCGAUUAUAUAGAACAAGCACUUCUUAGACGACCAUUGACAAUAGAAGAACGCAGCGAACAAGAAGAACUUACUCUACAACCAUACCAAGAUUUAGUUCCUGAUAAAAAUUCAAUUGUAUCAGGAAAAUUUAAAGAGAGUUUAACACAAAAAAAUGUUCAACUCACUCAUGCUCAAUUACAGCAAAUCUUGCAAUAUCGAGCGCAAGUUGUUGAUGAAUAUGAUAUUAUUCAUUCAAUCUCUCCGUCAGUGAAACUCAUUGAAGAUCAAAUCAAUCGUCCGUUAACAAUUGAUGAAAAGAAACGUUUAACACAAGAUGAUUAUUCUAUGAUUAAACCAAUUCAAAAUGAAAACUACAGUUAUAUUAGUGGUAGAAUUGAAGAAACUCAUUCAAUGACUACAUCGCUUUUAGAGAAUGUAAAAGACAUUGAACUCGAGAUUGGACGAGUAUUAACAAACGAAGAGAUUAUUAUGGUAUUACAUGGUGAUAUUAUUGGUCUCGAACAGACGUUUAAUAGCCGAUUAUCAAUAGAUAUAAUUAAAUCGAUGCGUAAUAAUCAAAUAAAUCGUAAUCUAACUGAUAAGCAAAUUCGCGAUAUUCUCAAUGGUAUCGAGCAAAUACUUGAUCGACAAUCGACACCAACUGGGCGGUCGACUUACGAAGUAACUCAACUUUCACAUACUUCUCCGAUUGAUGCUAAAGUUCAAGAAUCAGCAGAUGUUUUAAAACCUCAUUUGACAGCAGAUCAACAAAUUGCGCAAUCAGAUAUAAACAAGAUCGAACAAAACCAUGCUACUGAUUUAACAAUAUUACAAGACGAAUCUGAUGAGGAUUUAUUCAUCUUUCAUCGAUUAGUAAAACAAAAGAUUUAUUUCAAUUUAUCAGAAAUUGAAACGGCUAUAGGACGAAAUUUAAAUAGCAAUGAACUAGCAAGAUUUGCUGAUUCACGUUUUGCUCAUAUUGAAUCUGAUUUGGGUAGAUCGUUGAGUGAUGUACAACGAUCGAACUUACUCAAUGGAAAAAAAUUAACUAUUGAAACUUUAAUCCGUCGGCCAUUAUCUCCUGAAGAAUCAGGACCUCAUCUUGUUGAUCUAACAAAUAUUCAAAGAAUUCUCAAUCGAUCGUUAACAUUCGAUGAAUUAACUAACUUAGCAGGUGAUCGUUUUGAUGAAAUUUGUAAAAUACUUCAACGACCAUUGAAAAUCGAAGAACUAAUUGAUCUUCUAAAUGGAAAUUAUAUAAGCAUAAUAAAAAUAAUUGAUGAAAAAUUGAACAAAAAAAAAGACGAAGAACUACAUGAAUUACCUAUUAAUCGCAUACGACACUUUGAAAGUAUUCUUGAUCGUAAAUUAUCUCAUCGUGAAUUACUACGCGUUGCUGAAACACGUUUCGAACCCAUAUUACGUUUGCUUAGUGAUUUUAUGAAGCCAGAACAAAUUUUCGAUUUAGCUUCUGGUCGUUAUGAUAAAAUUGAAACAUUUUUUAAUCGCUCUUUGACACAAAAUGAAAAAUAUGAAUUAGAAAAAAGUCUCUUACAAACACAUGUAAAAUAUCCGAUUAUGUUAGACGAACUUGAAUAUAUUAUUCAACGAAGAUUAAAUGAACCAGAAUUACGAGCACUUAUCGGCGAUCAAUAUCAUGAUAUUGAAAAAGGUUUAGGCAAAACAUUAUUAGAAAAACAAAUACGAAAUAUUUUAUAUGAAAAUGAUGAUCAAUCAUUAAAUGAAGUUGCAGAUCUUGUGGAUUAUUUCAAACGAAAAUAUCGCGAUGAUCAGAAGCGAACAAAAUUUAUUGUUAAUCAACUGAUUGAAAAAUUAGACGAAGAUUAUAAGGAUCAUUCAAUGGAAUCUAGCGGAAUAAAACAUUUCAGGCCAUUAACUCCUUCGCCAUCCGUUCAGCAGAAACAAUCUGAUAUAGAAUUUCAUCAAAGUACUAUUGAAUUGUUAGAACGAUUAUCAGAUGAUGUACGAAAACAUCAGCCAAUUAAGCGACAGGAGAGUUCAGUAGAUGCACAUUCAUCAAAAAUAUUUGAUGAGAAAAGUAUACUGAGUUAUGAUGAAUCAAAAACGUCACCCAAUGACAGUCUUAGUUCUCGAUCUAUUCUUUCAUAUGAUGGUCAUGAAGUGAAAUCAAGUCAAGCAUUCAAAAAUAUUACCCGUAUCGUCGAAUCAAUUGCUGAUAAAGAAUACGUCGAAGAAAUGGCAACUGUGACCGAUGCAAUUACUGCAUUUCAGGAUAAACUACAUAAACACGUUGAUCGACCAAGCAGUCGUCAAACAGCAACAGCCUGGCUAUCGAAUCUUAACAAAGAAACAAAAGUUUCAUAUUUACCAGCCAUUGAAUCUAUCGAGAAAAAAACAACGAAUCAAAAGCCACAAUCAAGUACUAUUUCGAAUGAUGAUGAUUUAUAUUUGGGUUGGAAAUUAUUUAAAAGUAUUGAUCGGCCAGAAUUAGGUUUAAAAGAAGAAAAACCACGCAUGAUUAAUGUUAAACAUAUAGCACAGACAUACGUAGUUGGUAUUCCCGAAGAAUAUGCUGAUACAAAAACAAAGAUGAUUGCAAACAAAAUCUAUCAAGGCAAAUCGAUUCGUCCGCGCCUACCCAAAACUCGAAUUAUUCAAGAAACAACUGAAUUUGUUUCACAAUUAUUUCAUUUGCCAAUCAUCAGUGAUGCUACACAUUUUAUUGUUCCAUUUCGAACUUACAAUGACAUCAUCGAACCUGUAGAACUAUGCGAAUCGGAUAUGAUUGAUAUUGAAGAUGAUGAAUUACAAAUGCGUGAUUCGCCCGAAACACUAGAGUGGUAUGAAGAAUGUAUUCAACGAAAUGCUCAAAUUCAUGCUCAAAUUCCUACUGAGUAUCAACCAUCGAUUGUUCAUUGCCAUACGGGUCGUCAAAUGAUAAUAACACCAGCUAAACGUGCUGAACAACGGAAAACAUCGACUGGAGAGUCAAUAGAAAAAUCCAAAGAAUUAUUGGAAAGUUCAGAACCAAGAUUAUCGGAAGACAGAUCUACACUCAAUAGUGGUUUUAUUCAACGUCUUAGUCAGCCAAUGUUUGAUAUUCAAUCAAUAGAACAUACAUCAACUACUGUAACGGUAACUGAUUUGAUUAUGCAUACAGUUGCAACAUCUCAAAAGUCAAAUUUAUUAGAAGCUUUAGAAGAAUUAUUCUCUCAAGAAAAUCUUGAUACAUAUCAAAUAACUGAAAGUGAUUGGCACGAUCUAUUCCUUCUAUUGCUUAAUUCAUAUCUUCGCUCGCAUUCAAUAAAUCGCAAAGAAAUUUUUCAACGGCUAACUGAAAAACUUCAUGAUUUAAGAAAAAAUGAACGCCGACGUUCAACUGAUUUUUAUCCAAAUAUUUCAGUAGUACUAUCACCAACUACAGAUACAAGAAAUACAUUAAUUGAAUCUCCAAUAGCCGAAAGAUUAACAUCUCCAUUUGAGAGUUUCAAUAGUUUUAUAAGUUCAAAUGAUUCAGAAUAUAAUCAGACAGGUUUAACAACAGAUCAAUCAAGUAUUAAUACACCUGUAAAGAAAAAUUCUUCUAUGCAAUCCUUGCCACAAAACAAUUCCUCCAAAGCAAAAUCGAAAGCAAAAUUUCAUGAUCUCGUUGGUAAGAAAACGCAAACAUCUAUAAAUAAAAUUAGUCCAAGCCCAAUCGAAUAUAUCGCAAAUGAAAAUAAACAUUCUUCAGUUUCUAUGAAAAAUCGUCGAUAUAAAAUCACUGUGAUACAUAGCGAUGAUCAAUGCAAGACACCAACACAAGUAAUGUCUGUAAUUUUACUUUUACGAUAA